AUGGUCUCUUUCAUUGAAACUAGAGGGACGUGGACAACUGUGGAAGAUAUUUUGUUGUGUGAGUCUUGGGUUAAAGUUGGUCGUUGCCAGAUCACGGGCAAUGAGAUGAAAUCCUCUCAUAUGUGGAGAAAAAUUCGUGGAGAAUUUUGUGAAAGAUCGGGUUCGGCUCAUACGGAAAUGGCCUUGGCUAGUAUAUGGAAAAUUUUGAAUAAAGAGUUAGAGAAAUGGAGAGAUGCGUUGUCAAAAAUGAGGGAGAACAUUCGAAAUGGUCAAAAUCUUGGCAACGAGAUUAUUCAAGCACAAAUGCAGUUUGGUGCCAUUAGUCAAGGCAAAAAAAAGUUUCGUUAA